AUGCUAAUGCUAAACCAAACAGACCUGACCCCAGUCUCAUUCAUUCUUAAUGGGAUCCCAGGACUGGAGGACAUGCACAUGUGGAUUUCUUUCCCAUUCUGCUCCAUGUAUGCUGUGGCUGUGGUAGGGAAUUGUGGGUUCCUCUACCUCAUCCACUAUGAGGAUUCCCUGCACAGGCCCAUGUACUAUUUUCUAGCUAUGCUUUCCCUAACUGAUCUUUUCAUAUGCUUUAGUACAAUUCCUAAAGCUCUCUGCAUCUUCUGGUUCCAUUUCAAGGAAAUCAGCUUUGAUGGAUGUCUGGUCCAGAUGUCCUUCAUCCAUACCUUCACAGGGAUGGAGUCUGGGGUGCUCAUGCUUAUGGCCUUGGACCGCUACAUAGCCAUCUGCUACCUGCUGUGCUACUCUACUAUCCUCACCAAUUCUGUUAUUGCAAAGGCUGGGCUCUCCACCUUUCUCAGAGGGGUCCUCAUAAUUCCCUUCACUAUCCUCACCAAGCGCCUGCCCUACUGCAGAGGGAAUAUAAUUCCCCACACCUACUGUGACCACAUGUCUGUAGCCAAAUUAUCCUGCGGGAAUAUCAAGGUCAAUGUCAUCUAUGGUCUGACGGUUGCCCUCCUGAUUGGGGGCUUUGACAACCUGUGCAUCACAAUCUCCUACACCAUGAUCCUCCGGGCAGUGGUCAGCCUCUCUUCAGCAGAUGCUCUGCACAAGGCCUUCAGCACCUGCACUGCCCACGUAUGUGCCAUUGUUUUCUCUUAUAGUGCAGCCUUCUUCUCCUUCUUUUCCCACCGCUUUGGGGCCCACACAAUCCCUCCAUCUUGUCACAUCAUUGUGGCCAAUAUUUAUCUGCUCUUGUCUCCCACUAUGAACCCCAUUGUCUAUGGGGUGAAAACCAAGCAGAUACGAGACUGUGUCAUAAGGAUCCCUUCAGGUUCUAAGGACAUCAAAUUCCAGAGCAAAUGA